AUGAAUAGGUUUGUUUUCGAAUCUUAUAAGAUCGAAGAGCUGAAACGAAAGGUCGAAGGAGCAGGUGUCCCCGCACCUACACGUGUGGAAGUUAUCAUGUCACUUGUUUGGACAUGCGCCAGAAAUGCCUGGCGCUCUAACUUGGUGUCUCCAAGGUCAACGUUAAUGCUUCAACCAAUGGAUUGCGCUCUAGGGUCCCUUCUACGGAUGUUUUCUCCAUCGGAAACCUACAGACAAUGUUCCUUCUUAAGAGAGGCGUGGAAAGCAGCAGCAGUUUCGACUUGGAAAUCUGUGAAACGGUUGCCGAAUUUCGCAAGGCCAAGGAAUCAGUCAACGAGAUGA